AUGGCGACUUCGUCCGCUAUAAGUCGAGCAGUUCUCACUCGCGCGGUGCCAGCAACAGCGUCUCGAAUUUCCUUCUCCCGCGUGCAUUCCCAUAGCCUCGCGCAAUUGGCGGCGCCCGAAAGGGCGGCAUCCAAGCGGUCGCGGCAAUGGCAGAUUCACGCGACGCGAGCCGAGAGCCGGCAGGACUCCGCCUCGUCGCCCGUGUCGCCCUCGUCCGCAGAAGCAGCUAAAAGCGAUCUUAAAGAAGCGGCGCCGGGAGCGGCGGCAGCGCCGACGGGAUCGUGGGGCGGGUUCGGCUUUACGAAGCAGAACGAGCUGUUCGUGGGCCGCGUGGCGAUGCUGGGAUUCGCGGCGUCUCUUCUGGGGGAGGCGGUAACCGGGCAGGGCAUUCUGGAACAGCUGAAUCUCGAGACGGGGAUCCCCGUGUAUGAAGCCGAGCCGCUGCUGCUCUUCUUUGUCCUAUUCAACAUGCUCGGUGCGGUCGGCGCGCUGGGGGACCGCGGGAAGUUUGUCCUGGAGCCGGUCAAGCCGCCCGUGCCGCCCGCGAAUGCCGGGUGGAAGGGCGCGCUCGGAUUGGUGGAGAAUGGUCCCGUCCUCGGGUUCACCAAGUCAAACGAGCUUUUCGUGGGUCGCGUGGCGCAGCUAGGGUUUGCCGCAUCCCUAAUCGGAGAGGUGAUUACAGGGAAAGGCGCGCUGGCACAACUCAAUAUAGAGACGGGUGUUCCUGUAUCGGAGAUAGAGCCUCUGGUGAUUCUGGGGAUAAUGCUGCUGUUCCUAUCGGCCAUCAACCCCGGUACUGGCAAGUUUAUUAACGAUGAUGAUGACAGUGCUGAUACGUUUUAA